AAAAACGCAGAUGUUGACGCCUCUCCGUCAGACGGCGACGCCAAGGCGCGUUUCGAUCAGCUCACCUCGUCUGCCGUUAGGUCCCAUCUUCGCGAACGGAUCGCCCGUUUAACUGCAGAGAAGGCAGCCUGGCAACAUGAACUGGACUACAUGAGGCAAGAACUUCUGGAAUUCAAUGCGCACUUAAAGCACCUGAAUAAUGUGAAAAACUUGAUGCCAGAUAAGGGCACUUGCUUCUACAUAGGCCGUGAAAUCGAAUAG